AUGGAUAUUGACGAUCUCCUCGCCGAAGUCGCAGUCGACUCAACGCCUCAGGAAUCAAGAGACCUGCAGGAGUUGACGAGAGUAUGGGUUGCAGAGCGCACAGCGCCUGAGAUUCUCAGCUGGCCAGAGGAGCUGAUGGACAGAGUGCUAGAGCGGAUUAGACGGCAGAUUGAGCUUGUGGAAGACCAGACGGGAAAUAUGGACCCAAAGACAAAUUUCAAGCUUAUAGUCAUUCAAACAGAACUUGAGCGAUUCAAGUUCCUGGUCAGGAGCUUUUUGAGGGCAAGACUCAAGAAGAUCGACCAACACCCGCUCCACAUUCGCGCGCAACACACUGCCUCCCUCGAUACCAUGCGACCGCUUCUCUCCCCAUCCGAACUGCAGUACCUCACAUCGCACCAGGCGCUACUGUCGCAACACUACUCUGCGUCAUUUCUGUCACAAUUCCCAGCAUCACUGCAGCGGCUAGACGACACAACAGGUGGCAUUAGCAUGGUGGACAAGCCCGACGAAGACAAGGCCGUGUUUGUACGAGCACUUAGCGAUAUCGGGACUGUGUUCAUAGAAGGCACAGACCGCCGCCUCGAAAUGAAGAGAGGCGACGUAUGGGUAGUCCGGUGGAGUGCAGUGAGAAAAUGGGCUGUUGGGAGCGGAACCGGUGACGUAGAGCUUAUUUGA